AUGCCUUCGAUCAUCAACGGACAGAAUAUCGAAGAUAUCUUCCCCGAAGAUCCCACCCUGCCCUCUCUUAAUCUAGCAUCUGUUGGCGGGGCAGAAAUUACCUUGCCCUGGGCUAACAGCCCCGACAAUGAGCCAAUUGCAACUUUGACAGGGGGAUGUCAUUCUUCGAGUCUCGAAAGCGACGAUGCGAUAGCCCCAUUCAGAACAACAAACGCGUUCUCACAACGGAUAUUGGAUGAGAGGAACUUGAAGGCCUCUCUUCACGCAACAAUUCGAACAGGAACCAUCCAUGUGGGUGGGCCUCGCUUCUCGCUGGAUGCAUUGGCGGAUACCCGACGGUCACGCCAUGAUCCUUCCUACUAUUCGAAAAUAUAUGGCGAUUACUACGUGGAUAAUCUGAAGUUAGGGGCCGAUGCAGGUGUGCUCCUCUCUUCUGCCACUAGUUCAUCGGAGCAAAUUGAAAGCCUCGAUAUCAAGGCCAAACUGCAUAUUCUCUGGUGGGAUAUUGAGAAGAACUAUCACACCGAAAGCAAAUCUUUCAAAUAUUGGUCUGAAUUCCACAUCACCGCAUACGAUACUCUGACGGGGUUGAAUGCCUCCGACCAGUCGCUUGACAGGCCUCCGCAAGGGGUAGCCCAGAAUUACAUCAAGCUUGCUGGUGAUUUGGAAUUUCGUGUAAGGGACGAGAUGCAAAAAUGUGGUUUAAGAGGGGGAAAAUUGGUGGAUUUGGAUAUGUGCCACAAGCUCUGUGCUUCAGGACUGGUGGCUGAGAUUACUCUCAUGCCAUAUAGUCAAGUUCGGGACUACAUGGUAGCUAUCAAUGAGCCAGGUUGA